AUGCACGUCUCCUCAGCCACUUUUGUGGCCAGCAGCCUUUCCGGCGUCGCCCUCAUCUCCUGUCUCUUGAUUUUGUCGUCCGUCUACCGUAACGUCCAAGAUUAUUGGACCGAAUUGGACGAUGAGAUGAUAAGUGUGCGGGUGAGUUCCAAUUUUUAUAUACUUUCUGUUGCAAAUUUAUUUGAAACUUUAAAAUUUCGAAAAUGCGACACUACAAAAUGCCACUGCAGAGAAAUCCGAAAAUGUGAAUUUUCCACUGAAAUUCUACUGAAGCGACCAAAAUCGACGUAUUUCCAGCAUCUAAAAAUUACAUUUUUUUCAGCGGGACCUGGACGACAUGUGGCGCGAGAUCAUCCACAUUCAAUCCAACGCCCUGGGCGCGGUGUUCCGUGCCCGGCGUCCGGCUCGCGAGGCCUACUCGGACUACAAAGAGCCUCCGACGGCCGGCGGAUACGACGAAUCGGCGCCGCCCGCGCACGACGUCGCCCCACAGGCGCCGGGUGGUCCCGUUCCGAUUUCACCCGAUUCGUGUCAGUGUCAGGCCGAGAAUAAGUGCCAUCCGGGACCACCGGGCGCCAAGGGAACGCCCGGAUUGCCCGGUCCCAACGGAUUGCCGGGGGUCGACGGAAAGCCCGGACACGAUUCGCAGGACGUCGAGCCUCAAUCCGGGCUCCACGGCAUCUGUUUCUACUGUGCACAGGGACCGCCCGGUUCUCCGGGACCUAUGGGCCAUCCGGGACCGCGCGGAAUGCGUGGAGCUGAUGGACAGCCCGGACAGACCGGAAAAGACGGAGAUCCUGGAAAACCGGGCGAAAUGGGACCGGCAGGAUUGCAGGGCAAGCAGGGACCGGAGGGAACGCCCGGCGAGAAGGGCGCCGACGGUCGGAAGCCGAUCGGACGACCGGGACCGAGAGGACAACGCGGCGAGCAGGGCCAUCCGGGCGCGCAGGGAACGCCCGGCGCCAAUGGUCCCGUCGGGGAUGCGGGCGCGCAGGGACCGGCUGGCGGGCCCGGAGGACAAGGCGAGCAGGGACCCGAUGGCGGUCCCGGCGAGGAGGGAAAGACUGGACGGCCCGGACAGGAUGCGUGA